GAUGAAUUAAUUUCCACAUGGGUGUGUUCUACCAUGAAGAGCCACCAAACCAUCCCAAGAGAUGCAAAUACCUUGUGGCAACUCUUAAGGAAGUAUUUUCCCGUUGCCAAACGUUUGCAGCACGGCUUUCAACUUCAAGUUUUGAGGAUGAGUGCCCAGUGAGCGAUUUUGACGAGAAACAAGAAUUGUUUAUCUCAGCAGUGAUAAGCCGAAACAUGGAGAAACAAAAGCACAAGCCAAGUGUCUUGAGACACAGCUUUUCCUGGGUAUAUUCUCCUGCAACGAAAGAACUUUAUUUCACUCAGGCAGUGGCACCAGAAGAAAAGGUGGUGAAGGGUGAUGAAGAAAGUGGUGAAGGAGAAGAGUUUUUGUCAGUUAAAAGUUGUUUCUCACGCUGUUCAAGUUCGCCAAGUGGGGAAGCAUUCUAUUCUGUGAAGACAAACCUUUCACGGUGUUCAAGCUUGAACGAACUUGACUUGUCUAAAUAUUGGAGGCGCUCAGUGAUUCAGGAGUUUUGUCAUUGCCAGGGAUGGCCUUUUGGUCUCUGCCGCAGAGCUGUGUUGCUUCCACCACUGCCCAUGUCACCUUCUGAGUCAUGGUUGUCGCGUAAAAUGCAACCAACUAUUAAGAAACCAUGAAUCUAUUUGUUCACCUUAUGUUACUUUAUAGGAUUGUUUAACUUAUCUCAAGUAAAGAUAGGUUAAACAACUUUAUAAAGAUAUGAUUUGUGUAACUAAAAAAUUGUAUCAACCAUCUUGAAGCAUAUGAUUAAUUACACUAUAUAAUUAUGUUUUAUGAGGUUU